AUGUUGUCUGAUCACCCUACUUCCACUGCACAACAAGCCUUUGUGAGCCCUCAGCCAGCUCCCAUACAACAAGCAACAUCGCCCCCAACAAAGCAAAGUUUAAAGAACUGGUGGAAAGGAUUUCGACCUCCUGCAAGAACUCAGGAACCAAGUACUGGUAAAGACCCCCCAAAGUUUCUUUUGUUGAAAGUCCAGAAAAAGAGGGAGGAUCUGGGCCAUUCUCUCUAUUCAAAUCUUGUUUCCUGCCUGUCAAGGAAUUUAGACUCUCUAUUCAAGGAGAGCCCGAUGGACGACACUACAUCCAUAGUAGAUGGCGUUUCAGAGCCUGCGGCGUAUCUAAAGACAGAGGCAGAAGUGGACACACAGUGUCUUCGAGUGUACAAAUCUGGAAGUGUCUUUUGGCCUUCAUCUUCCAGUCUAGUGUCUAGGAAAGACACCUCUGUGUUUAAUCCCCGGCUUGGUUCCAACUAUGAAACAGGACAGCUUCAGUCAACCAGUGAAUCCCAACCAAUAGGUAUAUUUGGGGUGCCUCUUCGACAGAGCAUUGCAUAUGCAAAUGUUGCCAUCUCCCUUGUCGAUGCCCAAGGACAAAGCUACAUAUAUGGUUAUGUACCAAUUGUGGUUGCAAAGUGUGGAGUCUAUUUGAAAGAGAAAGCAACCAAUGUUGAGGGAAUCUUCCGGCUGAGUGGCUCGGAAAAACGUAUCAAAGAAUUAAAAACAAUCUUUGAUUCUCCUGAUCGUUAUGGAAAAGGUCUUGAUUGGGCUGGUUACACAGUUCACGAUGCGGCAAAUGUUUUACGGAGAUAUCUUAAUUUACUACCAGAACCCAUUGUCCCACUAGAUCUAUAUUCUCGAUUUAGAGAGCCUUUAAGGGGUCAUACUAUGGCAGCAGUUGGUGACAGUGAUGGGAGCCCACAAUUUUCUGACAAUUUCGAUGUUAAUAAGGCUAUCAUCACCUAUCAACAACUUAUCACUGAAUUGCCGCCACUAAACCGCCAGCUGCUAUUAUACAUUCUUGAUCUACUGGCAGUAUUUGCCUCAAAAUCGGAUGAAAAUCGGAUGACAGCUGUCAACCUUGCAGCCAUCUUCCAGCCUGGUAUGCUUUCACAUCCGGAACAUGACAUGGCACCUGCAGAAUAUCGUCUUAGUCAAGACGUGUUAAUUUUUUUGAUUGAGAAUCAGGAUCAUUUCCUAAUUGGGAUGAGAGGCACAGCGGCGGAUGAACAAACUGUGAAUGAGGUUGAGAACGGCGGUACUCCUCCCCCAGGAACUCCCACAACACCUGGCAGAUCGAAGACCACAAUUGGAAGAUCUGCCUCAAAUGCCAGCGCUGGAGCCGAUAGUGUGCGCAAAUUUGGUGGCAUUCGACGUAAUGUGUCCGUCUCCUCUCGUCAUUCACGGCAGUCAAAUGGUGCGCCUAGUCCGGCAAGCCCAGCUUAUGGUGUCACGCUCACUUCUUCAUCUAGCGGGGGUGUCCAUCGCAGCAAUACCGUACCUUCAAAAAAGUCCCCCGGAUUACCAUCUUCUCGAAUGAAUAAACACUCUAGCCCACCGUCACCAACUCCAGUGGGUUUGACUACCAACCAUGCUACCGGACCUCGAGGUCUUUCACCCACGCCUCUUCCAUCUCCUGGCCACCUGUCACCAUCAUAUCCAGGUCUCGCACUCAACACGGCUAUGGAAUCAAGUCUUACCAAUUCGGCUCAUACUUUGACCAGCCAAGAACGAUCGAUUCUCGAAUCAAACGAGCGCUCUCCUGAGGUAUCUACACCUUCUAGAAUCGUCUCAAAUCUGUUUCAGCGAUCGCCAACGGAAGGUGUCGAAAAACGACAACCCAACAAGCUAAGGAAAAAGCGUAUUCCAGGGAGCUCGAAUCCUAGCGCCCAGAGCUCGACAAAUUCUCUAAACGGGCGAUCAUCUUCAGUCUCACCAGGUCUCCGUGCAUCUCGCAUCAAUUCGGACCAUUCGGAUCAUCCUCGCUUGGAAAACCUGUCAACACUAAAUCCGAUAUUGUCCAACACUCAAGCUACACCUCCUGCUACAAAAACUCCACGUGCCGAACAGCCUCCUCAUUUUACACCCAUGCGGCCAGAGGAUCCUCACCAUCCGUCCGAUAGAACGUUAAGGCCGGUUAUAUCGCCUGUAUCUUCCUUACAUUCCCAUUCAUCUUUCAACGAUCAAUCAGAUCUUGAUCAUAUCGAAGAUCCCGCUCUCGCCGAAGCACAAGAAAAACGAUCAUUAUGGCAUAUGUCGCGGCGUAGGGAUGACUCGAAUGCAUUGGGGGCUAUACUAAGUCCAAAGAAAACCGGGUCAGAUAGCGGUGGCGGUGCCGGUGCAAGUUCCAGUUCUGUAGGCAGCUCAGGUCGACCUCAAAAGAGUUUCACUGGAGAUACUGUGCCUGUGGGUCCUGACACAGGACUGCCCAACGCUCAUAUAUAUUCUAGCAAUGACAGUGGAUCUGUAGCGCCUGAGGAGAGGAGAGGACCCCUAGGAUGGAUCAAGAGUAAGAUGCGGGAGAAGCGGGACGAGAGCAGGGAGAAGGAGGCUGAGCGUGAACGAAAUAAGAGUCCACCUGGCGAUCGACCAACGAAUAUCAGCUCUUCGGCCCUAGCGCCACGACGGAAAAGUAUCGACGUCAACAGAGGAGAAGAACCUGAACGCCUCAACGGGAGAGAACAUACCUUGCCCCAGUAA